AUGCGUCCUAUCUUGUGUGUGUGCAUCACCGUGUGUGCACCCCCGUGUGUGCACCCCCGUGUGUGCACCCCCGUGUGUGCACCCCCGUGUGUGCACGCCCGUGUGCGCAUCCCCGUGUGCGCAUCCCCGUGUGCGCAUCCCCGUGUGCGCAUCCCCGUGUGCGCAUCCCCGUGUGCGCAUCCCCGUGUGCGCAUCCCCGUGUGCGCAUCCCCGUGUGUGCAUCCCCGUGUGUGCAUCCCCGUGUGUGCAUCCCCGUCUCACCCACCUGCAGUGCGCAUGUACCAGCUCACCCACCUGCAAGUGCGCAUGUACCAGCUCACCCACCUGCAAGUGCGCAUGUAUCAGCUCACCCACCUGCAAGUGCGCAUGUACCAGCUCACCCACCUGCAAGUGCGCAUGUACCAGCUCACCCAGCUGCAAGUGCGCAUGUACCAGCUCACCCAGCUGCAAGUGCGCAUGUACCAGCUCACCCAGCUGCAAUUGCGCAUGUACCAGCUCACCCAGCUGCAAGUGCGCAUGUACCAGCUCACCCAGCUGCAAGUGCGCAUGUACCAGCUCACCCAGCUGCAAGUGCGCAUGUACCAGCUCACCCAGCUGCAAGUGCGCAUGUACCAGCUCACCCACCACUCAUCCACACUCUGCCACGCAAACUUGCAUCCCUUUUCCCCAUCCAACCCGCUUCCUCCACUCUCUUGGUGUCUCUCACUCCGUCAGUGCCAAUCUCGUGUCCCUGUGCUUGCCUCUAUCCUCGUGUCCCUGUGCUUGCCUCUAUCCUCGUGUCCCUGUGCUUGCCUCUAUCCUCGUGUCCCUGUGCUUGCCUCUAUCCUCGUGUCCCUGUGCUUGCCUCUAUCCUCGUGUCCCUGUGCUUGCCUCUAUCCUCGUGUCCCUGUGCUUGCCUCUAUCCUCGUGUCCCUGUGCUUGCCUCUAUCCUCGUGUCCCUGUGCUUGCCUCUAUCCUCGUGUCCCUGUGCUUGCCUCUAUCCUCGGUCUCAUCUCUCGUCUCUCAUCUCGCAUCACGGCAGUGGAGCAGGCCACGCCAAUUGUCUUCAAGCUCGCCAUCGUUCUCCUGCAGGUAUCUUCCCUCUUACCUCCUCGCACCUCGCACCUCAUCCCACCUCCUACCAUCUCUUGCCAUGCAUCUCUCACCCACUUCCCAUCACCCACCUCUCCUCUCCUCCCACAAAUCCCCUCAUACUUCCCAUUCUCCUCCCCCCGUCCCUUUCCCCUGCUCUUCCUCCCAGUUCCCCCCCCCUGUCCCCUCCCCCCGACCCCUCCCCCGGUCCCCUCCCCCUUUCAACUUCCCACAUCCCCUCCCACACCAGUGCCUAAGAGCCUUCCUUCAGCUCUGCCUGCACUCCUGUCUCCUGCGGUGAGCGAGGAGGAGAUGGAGGAGCUGGUGUGCAAGGCCGUGCGGGUGGAGCUGGUGUGCAAGGCCGUGCGGGUGGAGCUGGUGUGCAAGGCCGUGCGGGUGGAGCUGGUGUGCAAGGCCGUGCGGGUGGAGCUGGUGUGCAAGGCCGUGCGGGUGGAGCUGGUGUGCAAGGCCGUGCGGGUGGAGCUGGUGUGCAAGGCCGUGCGGGUGGAGCUGGUGUGCAAGGCCGUGCGGGUGGAGCUGGUGUGCAAGGCCGUGCGGGUGGAGCUGGUGUGCAAGGCCGUGCGGGUGGAGCUGGUGUGCAAGGCCGUGCGGGUGGAGCUGGUGUGCAAGGCCGUGCGGGUGGAGCUGGUGUGCAAGGCCGUGCGGGUGGAGCUGGUGUGCAAGGCCGUGCGGGUGGAGCUGGUGUGCAAGGCCGUGCGGGUGGAGCUGGUGUGCAAGGCCGUGCGGGUGGAGCUGGUGUGCAAGGCCGUGCGGGUGGAGCUGGUGUGCAAGGCCGUGCGGGUGGAGCUGGUGUGCAAGGCCGUGCGGGUGGAGCUGGUGUGCAAGGCCGUGCGGGUGGAGCUGGUGUGCAAGGCCGUGCGGGUGGAGCUGGUGUGCAAGGCCGUGCGGGUGGAUCUUGUGUGCAAGGCCAUGCGGGUGAAUCUGCCCUUUGAGAGCCUGCUGCGACCCACUCCCCACACCGUGCUGCGACCCACUCCCCACACCGUGCUGCCUCUGCACGUGCAUCGAAACACAUUCACUCCCUUCCUCUCCACCUGCACUCCCUAUCUCAGUACGAUCUGCUGGCAAGGGGAGGCGGCAGCGGCAGCAAGGGACGUGCAGGCAGCAAGGGACGUGCAGGCAGCAAGGGACGUGCAGGCAGCAAGGGACGUGCAGGCAGCAAGGGACGUGCAGGCAGCAAGGGACGUGCAGGCAGCAAGGGACGUGCAGGCAGCAGCAGAGGCGAGUGAGGCGGCAGCGCUGUCGUGA